UCCAGUUCACUUAAAAAAACUGGAAUGCACAUCACUACCACACGGAUUCUCAAUCUCCAGAAGCGCGUUCUCUUUUUCAACUAUUACCUUGGUGGAUGCGCCGUCUUUAGAGUUUCCCGCGGGUUCCGAAGCCAGAUGAAACGAUGAAGAUUUAUUUCUGUGCGAGUAUUCGCGGCGGAAGGGACGACGCACGCCUGUACGAACACAUCGUCAAGACACUCGGAAAGUUCGGGAAGGUUCUGACUGAGCACGUGGGCGACAGCAAUCUGAGCCAUACAGGAGAGGGGUUGGACGAUGGAUUCAUUCACGAUCGGGACUUGGACUGGCUCCGACAAGCUGACGUGGUGGUUGCCGAGGUGACGCAGCCGUCGCUGGGCGUGGGCUACGAACUGGGCCACGCCUACCUCAAGAAGAAGGAUACUUUGUGUCUCUUCCGACCAUCAUUACGAUGCAAGUUGUCGGCCAUGAUCCGAGGAGCAGCAGACGGCAAGCGGAUGUUGAUUAUGGACUAUUCCGGCGAAGAUGAUGUGGAUGACGUCCUGGAGCACUUCUUCAAGACAAAUCCUCACUGAAACAAUUUUCCCGCUCGCAGGAAAUACGCACGUGUAAAUACUAAGGGCGUCCGUCCAAUAGAUUGUGCAAGUACAUAGCGCUCUGACCUAUAGCUUUUGAUGUUUUUCCACACGUGUGCUGUAUACACUGACUGGUUCCACAAUGCAUACAAUAAAAUGGUCAUCCUCAUCAUU